CACUGGAUCUGAAGGCCGACGAGAAGCGAAUGCAAGACACCGGAAACCAGAAACAGACAGAAGAAAUAAAACAAAAUUGAUCAGAGAAAGUACCUGUGAAUUAGAUUCUCCGAUCCAUCGGCGAUGGAGAACUGCCGAAAUCUGAAUCGAAGAAAUGAAAAUUACCUCUCCCGUUUGUCUAUAAUUAUUAAUUUCCAUACACGAUAUAUAUUUAACGUGUUCGUUUGUUUUUUUGUCCGCCGUCAGCUUGAUGGUGGGCCCAGGCCCAUAUAUGUAAAACAGCCACUCACGUGGACGAAAAUUUUCACGAUACGAAAAAGAAAAAGUAAACCCGUAAUCGUCGUUCUCAGGCCAAAAAACCUUACAACCACCGCAACUGAUCCCCACUCCCGACGGGGUACGAGGUUCCGCCGCCGUGUCUCCGUCUCCUCUGGCGUGAUCUCCGCCGCAAAGCAUAUUAACCUUCGACGAGACUCGUCUGAAAGCGGAUGUCGAACCCAUCAAAAGAGUCGAGAGACGACACUGUGGAUUCUGUAAUCCAUUUAAGGGAAGGCGAUGAAUAUGCUCGGCUGGUUAUUUCCCAUGAUCCCGUUGCAUCCGAAACUGGUUCAUGUUCAUCGGAAACUCAAGCAGAGGUUCGGAGUAAAAAACUGAUGCGGUGGAUCAGAAGAGCGGGAAUUUGCGCAUUUAUUCUUGUUCUUAGCCUCGUUUUCGUCAAAUGGGGGAUCCCCUUUCUUUUCAAGAAGGUCCUUAUUCCAAUCUUGAAAUGGGAAGCAACGGCAUUCGGUCGUCCUAUGCUAGCCCUUGUCCUUGUUGCUUCCCUUGCAUUGUUCCCUGUGUUCUUGAUACCUUCUGGACCUUCCAUGUGGUUGGCCGGCAUCAUUUUCGGUUAUGGUAUCGGUUUUGUCAUAAUCAUGGUUGGGACCACCGUCGGAAUGGUUCUUCCCUAUCUGAUCGGGCUGCUCCUCCAAGAACGCAUCCACCAAUGGUUGAAGAGGUGGCCUGAGAAAGCCGCUGUCCUUAGACUAGCCGGGGAAGGCAGCUCGUUUCAUCAGUUCAGAGUGGUGGCUCUCUUUCGGGUUUCGCCAUUUCCCUACACCAUCUUCAACUACGCGAUCGUUGUAACGAGCAUGAGAUUCUGGCCCUACUUGUUCGGAUCCAUAGCCGGGAUGGUACCAGAAGCUUUCAUCUACAUCUACAGUGGUCGGUUGAUCAGAACGUAUGCCGAUGUGCAGUAUGGAAAUCGUCGGUUAACGACAGUGGAGAUCGUUUACAAUGUAAUCUCCUUAAUCGUCGCUAUCGUAACUACUGUAGCCUUUACGAUAUACGCCAAAAAAGCUCUGAGAGAGCUCGGGAAUGCAGAAUCUAAUGAAGAAGCAGAAGAAGGACCGCCUGGAUCGGUAUCGAAACAAGCAAGAGCCCAGUUGAAGAACGCUACGGAGAAUCAGAGUCUCCGUAUAUCGGUAUCGCCCUAAACCGAGAUUUUCCACGAUCUGUAUGUAAAAAAAGAUUGAUUCUGUGUAGUUUGUUUUUAACUACAGAUAGAAACUAAGAAAGAAAGGAGAGAAAUCUGGUGUAGGAGGAUACUAUGAAGCCUUAAUUACUCAAUUAAUUCUUUGAUUAAUGGACAUAAAUCGUGUUUUUUUUCCCAAA